AUGGAAAGUAAUGAUGGCAAUGAGACAAGCGAGGAAAUUGAACCAGGCCAAGAACGGGAGUUGGCCAAAGAAGAUACGUUCGAAGCCUUCAUGGCUGAACAAUUAGUAUCCAUGUUGAAGAUAGAUCAGCAACAUACUGUUGUUAAGGAGUAUACCAACUUAGAAGUUCCAGAAUGUAGUAUGGAAGAUGCACCCCAGGCAUCUGGCCAGGCCAGCACAGAAGGGGAGCAGAUACAGCCAGUGAUGCAGUUUGGUUCAUUCUCCCCAAUGCCAAUCAAUAUGGAGAUACAGGAAAAAGAGGCUCUAUGGACAGACUUGGUCUAUGAAGAAGAAAGAAAAGAGGCUGAGCUAGGAAAAGUUAUGGUAGAUCAGGAGGAGAAGGAACCAGUUAUUAGCCCUACUAAAGAACAUAAGGAUUGUUUUGCUUGGUCUUACAAUGAUCUUCCUGGAUUGGAUAGGUUAUUAGUGGAACAUAGACCCUCAGUUAAGCCAAAUUUUAAACCUUACAAGAAGAAGCCUAGACGAAUGAGUCCUGAGGUAAUUCAAAAGGUGAAAAAGGAGAUUGCUAGGCUUCUCAAGGCAGGCUUUAUCAAAACAGCCAGAUAUGCUAAAUGGUUGUCCAACAUAGUGCCUGUGAUUAAGAAGAAUGGCAAGUUAAGGGUAUGUAUUGAUUUCAGAAAUCUGAACUUGACAACUCCAAAAGAUGAGUACCCAUGCCUGUAG